CAGUGUCAGCAGCUCGGCCACUAGAAACACAGGGGAGCUCACUGUUGCCUCUGCACGUACAGACCCCCAAACUGGGCAGCCAAUCAGGCCUCUAGGUCAACAGGAGCACCCUCUGAACACCAGUGGAGAGGGGGUGGGUGGAGCCACGAAGAGUGUCACUCGAACUGUAAGGGAGUCAAAAACGGUCCGUAGCCCUAAGGAGACAAGACAAUCUGCUAAGAAAAAGACAGGCUCUGCGAAUAGGGCCGCGGCCUGGACAGGAACUACAGCUAUGGAAGAGCAAGGAAAUCAGAACAUACCAGAAGCUGACUGUAGUAAGUUAUCUCCUGAGACUCAAACCAGAGAUCUGUCCAGCUCAUUUAAUACGACUAAUGAAGAAGACUUUGUGGUACUGGAGAGGGAUGAGACUUGGAUAUCAUCUGAUAUAGAUGACAAUGCUUUCGUUGGUCACAGAAAAAGAGGAACUGACGAAGAUCCUUCUGGUGCCUGCCAUAACAACAGCCUUCCACAGCCUUGCAGGAAUACCCCUCAAGAAGGAGAUCGUGAGAAGGAAAGCAGAGAGACGUCUGCUUUUGUUGGUGCAUGUGCUAGGAGUUCACCCUCAGUCUGUGUUGAGAGGGAAAUGAGUCAACGUUUGGCUGAAGUGACAGGCAGCAGGUGUCAGCUAAAAGGAGUAAGUCGUGUUGGAGCAGCCUACAGUGAGACAACUGUUAAAGGAAGAGCAGAGAAGGGGCAAAAUGUUGCUGCCCACAUCAAGCAGGAGUCCCUGUCAACUCAAGACCAGUUUAAGAAUGAAGGCAGGGGAAGUCAUGGGUCAGGGUUUAUUGCGCCACAGCCCCAACAAAUGAAUCAGAGCCAUCAAAAUAAGUUUGCUGGAGCUGUCUCAAAGAGGGCUAGAUCAGGAGUCACGGGCAGUCUUUCAUCAUGUACCAUGAAAGAAGACAGCCAAGCGUUUGACAAAGUCGCCAACUCUCAUCCUCCUCAGGCCAUGGCCCGUCCUUCCAAAUUACCACAACUGCAAGACAAUCUCACAUUUACACCGGAACCAUGUGACUCCAUGCCUUGUCCUCCCCUGGAAGGGGACAACGGUUGUGUUGGAAAACUACCGGUUACAGGCGUAAAAGAGAGUGAUCUUGUCUGCCUCUCUGCCAUCACCACACCUCCACCUUCAACUCACGUAUUACCUAAGUCAGGCGUAACCAUAGCAAGUCCAGUCAAUUCACCACCUGUCCCAGAAGCCACAUCUGAUUUCUGUAAUUCGAAAGAUGAAUUGAUGCUAAAUCAAAAGCCCAAAGUCAAAGGUCCACCUCCUCCUGUCGCCAAAAAACCUAAAAAUCCAUUUAUAAAGCUCAAAACGGCACAAUUAAUGUCUACUGACGUACAAAGAAGAGGCAAAGAUCAUCUCCGUUCAGAAGAAAGAGCCAAGAGGAGACACACUUAUCAUUUUAACAAAGACCUCCCAUGGAGAACUCCAACUAAUCAGGACAUGUGCUUGUUGUGGGAUGAAAAGGGUAACUACACCGUACCAACGAACAUGCGCCGCCAAUCCGCUGACCUCAGCCCUUGGGAACAUCUCUCUCUCGGGCACAUGGAUGACAGAUAUGGGGACAUGAUUGAUUUUGACUACUGUGUGCAAAUGGAACGACAGUCUCGUGAGGAAGAGAUUCAAAACCUGGAUAUGUUGCAGAGAAGAGUAUUCCUAGAGAGUCUGUCCAGGUGUAGACAGUCCCCCCCUAAUGUUGCAAGAAAACCUUUGAAUCCUUUCACCUCCAGAGAAAGUCUUGACAUACCUGAAGACAGACCAGAUAAUGGAACCCACAUUACAAAAUCUACGUUUUUGGGGAAAAAAGAAACAUACCCUGAACUUCUACCUGAAAGAGCACGUAUGCGGGUCACCAGUGACAGUUAUAGGGACGUCAAAGAUUUAACAGAUCCCAGAAAGUGGGAAGAUGCAGAGAAAGAAAAUGAGCUGAGUUCCUACAAGCCUGUGGCAGUAAUUGUCAAAGAAGCUAAUCAAAUGCAAAGACAGCAGCGUCGGAUCAAGCCCGAAGGGACCAAAGCUCAGGUUUGUGUGGCGGAGCAGAACUCGAGUGUAAAAGUAUCCCAGAUGAAGAACACCUUUGAUGUCCCUAAAAAGUCCACGGUGAGAUCAGCAGAAGUGCAAGCACCUCCAAAGAAAGAUAUGAUGCGGCGAGUUGUGCGACAGAGCAAGUUCCGUCACGUGUUUGGUCAGGCUGUGAGGAACGACCAGUGCUACGAUGACAUCCGUGUGUCCAGGGUUACAUGGGACAGCUCCUUCUGUGCUGUCAACCCCAAGUUUGUUGCCAUCAUCAUCGAGGCGAGUGGAGGAGGAGCCUUCCUUGUGCUUCCUCUUAACAAGACUGGCCGCAUAGACAAGGCUUACCCUACAGUGUGUGGUCACACGGGCCCAGUUUUGGACAUCGACUGGUGUCCUCAUAACGAUCAUGUCAUUGCUAGCGGAUCGGAGGACUGCACGGUCAUGGUCUGGCAGAUACCUGAGAAUGGUCUGGGGACUCCAUUGUCGGAGCCUGUGGUUGUGUUAGAGGGCCACUCUAAAAGGGUGGGAAUCGUGUCUUGGCAUCCCACCGCUCGUAACGUUCUCCUCAGCGCAGGGUGUGACAACCAGGUCGUCAUCUGGAAUGUGGGCACAGGAGAGGCCAUGAUCAACCUGGAGGACAUGCACCCCGAUGUUAUCUUUAGUGUCAGCUGGAGUCGCAACGGCAGCUUGCUGUGCACCGCCUGCAAGGAUAAGAAGGUCCGCGUCAUCGACCCCCGUAAAAAGAAGAUCGUGGCUGAGAAGGACAAAGCUCACGAGGGAGCUCGACCAAUGAGGGCGAUCUUUUUGGCAAAUGGAAACAUUUUCACAACUGGAUUCAGUCGUAUGAGCGAGCGCCAGCUAGCCCUGUGGAAAUCUGAUAACAUGGAUGAGCCAAUAUGUGUUCAAGAGAUGGACAGCAGUAAUGGGGUUCUGCUGCCCUUCUAUGACCCCGACACCAGCAUAGUCUACCUGUGUGGAAAGGGUGACAGCAGCAUUCGGUACUUUGAAAUCACUGACGAGGCUCCAUUUGUUCACUACCUCAACACCUUUUCCACAAAGGAGCCGCAGAGGGGUAUGGGAUACAUGCCCAAGAGAGGUCUGGAUGUCAACAAAUGUGAAAUCGCAAGGUUUUAUAAAUUACAUGAGAGGAAGUGUGAACCAAUCAUCAUGACAGUCCCACGUAAGUCGGAUCUGUUCCAGGAUGACCUCUAUCCAGACACAGCCGGUCCCGAUCCUGCCCUGGAGGGAGAGGAGUGGUUUGCCGGCAAGAACGGAGGCCCCAUUCUGAUUUCUCUCAAAGACGGCUACGUUUCCACCAAGAACCGUGACCUGAAAGUGGUCAAGACAAACGUCCUGGAGACCAAGACAGCACCAAAAGCAGAGAACAUCUCAACCGUCCAGAAGCACGCUUCCCCACAGUCCUCAAUCAAAAUGGAAGAUAAACUGGAAGAGGUACUCCGAGAGUUCAAGUCACUUAGGGACCGUGUCAUCCUUCAGGACCGUCGGAUCGCCAGACUGGAAGAGCAAGUCGCCAAGGUUGCCAUGUAAGAAAGCAGAGCCUGCCCAGGACCGUCGGUCGUUGAAGAUAGAGUUGACAUGACGGCAUUAGCCCCGGCCAAAUUCCCAAGAUUCCGAUUAACUGAGCUUGGCGUUGUUCAAGUGUCGACACCAAGCUCACAUUCCAAGAUGAACUUUAUUUUUGCUCAUCAAGUCUCCUAUUUCACACUCUUCCCUUGCUCUCUCACACAGACACACUCAUACA